AUGGAUGGAUGCAUCGAGAAGGUGGAGUACAGGGACGAGGGCACCUUUGUCUGUCAGGCUCUCAACACGCUCGCCAAUGUCAAGGCCUCCGCCGUGCUCACUGUGGUUGACCACGACUCCCGCCCGCCGCCCAUCGUCUUGGCCGGUCCCCAGAACCAGACGCUGGAGCCCAAAGAGGUGGCCCUGAUGCCGUGCGCGGUCAAAGGUCAGCCCGUGCCCUCCGUGAGGUGGUACAAGGACAGCAAACCGCUCAUCAGCGCCGACCCACGUGUAGCAGUGCUCAGCUCGGGGACACUGCAGAUCUCAGACGUGAGGCUGACGGACAGUGGACUGUACACAUGUAAGGCCAUCAGCGAGACCGGGGAGGCGGAGUGGGAGGCCUGGCUCACUGUCUCCAGUAAGUGGACCGUGGACGGUGGACACACUGACCACUGGCAGGAGAAACGUUAUAAUGGUUCACCACUUUGGAUGGGAAUAUCCAUCGUCCCUCAGAACCUCACGGCAGACAUGAAAAAGCGCACCAACUUCGCGGUGAACAUGCCGCGGCCCGAGAUAGUGAAGGAGCUGGGUGCCCUCAACAUUGAGCUCAAGACCGGGGAGCCCAUCAACUCUACCGCCGUCAAAGUCAAGUGGGAGGUAAGAACAUACUGCCGGAACUGUUGA